CCCGUCGUCUAACUUUCACAGCAGUGACGUCUAGAUCGCAAAGGGAUUAUGGAUUAGGAUGUGCAACCGCGUAGCGACAUUGCAUAAUUAACUCCGGGAUGAGGAAUUUAGUUAUUUCUCAGUCGCGUAGCACACCCCGGUUUAAAUGGCACAACGUGGGCGGUGCGUCGACGACAUGAUCUGGAGCACGGAGCGCAGCCGGCACUCACACACCGGAUAGGAAGCGGUGGGACACGAUGGCUGUGUAGCCGGCGGAACAGAAAAACGCAUGCAAAGGGAGUUUUUGGUCCGGGGCCAGCUGUGAAGGGCACCGUGGUUUCUGUGUGAUGGUGCGCUUCUCUCUACAAAGGUGGAUUUGGUGACUUAAUUUCAAGAGAAACCAAAGGAAAAGAGAGGGAAGCUGCUCACCUGAAGAAGAAUCGUCUUAAUGGAUCAUCUGUGCUGCUCAUUCACCACGCGUCUCUCUCUGUUGACAGAAGUGACAUUUCCCACAGCAGCAGCAUCACAUUCUCUGCACACAUCGUGCUACUUUCACAAGUGAUUCAGGGGAUAGUGAAGAAACAUUGUUUUUUAAAGUGACAAGAAGACAUUUAACGUCCCACAUGAACAUUAUGUGAAAAAUACAGGAUUGGAAAUGCGUCGCAAAUGCUUCGGUCUGCUUGAGGUGUGUGCCAUCAUGAGCCUGCUGCCUUCAGGCUCUUUGGAGAAUCUGACAUGUGAAGCCCUGCUCAUGCUGUCCGGGAAUGUCUCAUUCCAGUCGCUGGCCGCCUCCUGGAACCAGACCUUGAGCAACGCCACAAGCCAGUGGAGCGGCCCGGGGCCCUCCUGUGACACCUCCAUCGAUGGCAUCGGCACCUGCUGGCCCCGAAGCAGCGCGGGCCAGAUGGUAUCACGACCCUGUCCCGAGUGGUUCUACGGUGUCAGAUACAACACCACCAAUAACGUCUACAAGAAAUGUCUUGCAAACGGGACAUGGGCGCUGAAGGGGAACUAUUCCAUGUGUAAGGCCAUACUUCACGAGGAGAAAAAAGGCAAGAUGCACUACCAGAUAGCUGUGAUUAUCAACUUCCUGGGUCACUGCAUCUCCAUGGUGGCUCUGCUGGUUGCCUUCUUCCUCUUCUUGGGUCUGAGGAGCAUCCGCUGCCUGAGAAACAUCAUCCACUGGAACCUCAUCACCGCCUUCAUCCUGAGGAACGCCACAUGGUUUAUCGUCCAAAUGACCAUGAGUCCCGCAGUGCACGAAAGUAACGUGAUUUGGUGCCGCCUCGUCACAGCCUCCUUCAACUAUUUCCACUCCACCAACUUCUUCUGGAUGUUUGGCGAAGGCUGCUACCUCCACACCGCCAUCGUCCUCACCUACUCCACCGACAAGCUGCGCAAGUGGAUGUUCAUCUGCAUCGGCUGGUGUAUACCCUUCCCUAUAAUUGUGGCAUGGGCGAUUGGGAAGCUGUACUACGACAAUGAAAAGUGCUGGUUUGGAAAGCGAGCUGGCGUCUACACGGACUACAUCUACCAAGGUCCCAUGAUCCUUGUCUUAGUGAUCAACUUCAUCUUCCUCUUCAACAUCGUGAGAAUCCUGAUGACCAAACUGCGGGCCUCCACCACGUCAGAGACAAUCCAAUACAGGAAAGCUGUGAAGGCUACACUGGUACUUCUUCCUCUCCUGGGACUCACCUAUAUGCUGUUCUUUGUCAACCCGGGGGAAGAUGAGAUCUCUCAAAUUGUCUUUAUAUAUUUCAACUCUUUUUUGGAGUCCUUCCAGGGCUUCUUUGUGUCUGUGUUUUACUGCUUCCUAAACAGCGAGGUGCGGUCGGCUGUGAGAAAGCGGUUCCACCGGUGGCAGGAGCAGCACUCCAUCCGGGCCCGGAUGACCCAGGCCAUGUCCAUCCCCACCUCCCCUUCACGGGUCAGCUUUCACAGCAUUAAGCAGUCCUCGUCGCUAUGAGACAGAAGGCCGGCGCCGACCUGGAUACAGUUUUUUGAGCUGUCGUCAUCAUUUUCUGCCACAUCACUGGAGUACACUGAACCACUUUGUGAGCUGGGGCAGGGCCACAGAGAGGGACUGCAUCAGUCUCCUAAACCUCCGGAGGGACAUUACACAGACGUGAAAAUAGAUGAGGAUGGAGAAAAAGGACACUGCAGACUUUAGAGGUUAGUGGAUCAAGUGAUGCACGUGACCAAGCUGGGUGACUUUGAAUCAGGGUGUGAAUGUACAGCACUCCAUAUUCGUUAAUGUUUGCCUGCCAUAGAAAGUCUCUGUUGUAUUCCUGCUUGCAUACUUUUAUUUAUUUGUUUCGCUAUCUGUGAAAACUCAGAGCUUUGGCCGCUUGGACUGCACUGAACUGGAUUCCAGGCCUGCGGACACUGGACUUAAACUAAGUUAUUCAAAUGAAUUUAUUUUCAGUUUUAUUUAUUUUGUAUUCUGUUGUCACAAACAAUUGUCUGGUCAUGGUGUUUGUUAAUUUGGUGUUGUGUUAUCUUCCUCUGUUUAGUGCAGUCAUGCUACUUUUAUAAUUUUUCCAGAACGAUGAACGCAUUCCAUCAUUUUAUACCUGAAGAGUUUUGUUCUAAAAUAAUACAUUGACUAUGAAGAAAAAUCAGAGGCAGGAAGUAAUUAGCCUAGCUUAGCAUAAAGACUGGAAGCAGGGGGAAUAGUUAGCCUGUCUUACUCUGAUGUACAAAAAUCAUGGUGGAUUCUUGACAAUUACUCAAGUACUGAAUUUCAGGUACUUUUUUAUGAGAUUAUGAAGAGUCUAUAAAGUAUGAUGUUAUAUUAUGUUAAACAGUUUAUAAUAUAUUUUAUAUUUAUAUAUUAAGUACAAAUAAAUACUUGAUUGUUAGAAAAUGUAUCGGCAAGUAUUUUAUUUAUUGUAUUUAAAGGUUUUAUGGUUCAAUAAUGAUAAUAAACUAAGUUCAACAUUAACUUAACCUCCAUCAAUACAACAGUAAUUCUGCAUUCGCAUUUGCAUGAACGCAUAAAUCAUAAUAAUCUAACGAUUUAAUAGUAUUCCAUUCACAGGGGAAAUUGUUAUACUUGUAUUGCUUUAAGUACAUGUUCAUGAUUUAAAUAGCGGAUUAAAAAAAAUGUCACUGUUUUUUUAUUAUUUCCUAUAAGAUCAAGAAUGGACUUCGAAUGAUGUUUUUGGAACAAAACUCUUCAGCUGAAUAAAGAGACUUAUUAUUGUUUCCUCUCUACCAGCAAACCAGUGAUAUACAGCUUAUUUGACCAGGAAGAAGUUCAUUCUUGUAUUCUUGUAUCUCAUCAAAUGACGUUCCGUGGUGUUGGGUUGGGUUGACUUGAAGCAUGAUGGGAACAAGCUACACAGUAUCUCUGUUUACCGAUUGAUUGUACAUAUAUAAAUAUAAUAUAAACAGGGGGUUAAAGACACAUAUAAACCAAAAAAACACAAACCACACACUGUGAAUCAUAUGGGCACAUUUAUCCAUGUGAUCAGCAAGUCACAGUCCACAUUCCUACUAUACCAGUAUGCCUAGCACCUGUGCAUUUUUGUCAACUGCUGUUUGUGUCAAAUUGUAUAUGAACAUCAUCAUUUUGCUCUAAAAUCAAUUUUUGUUUUCCUUUUCAAGUUAAGUGCAUGGUAUAUAUUAGGACCAUUGUUCAUUUUUAUAAUUGUAGAGCCAUUGGAUUGGGGUAAUGCUAAAAUAAAACAAUGUAACAUUUCUGUUAAAUUCUCUGGGAAUGAAGAUUUUCAAAAACAAUAAGAAUUUAAAUUUGGAAAAAUCUGGCUUUUUACCCUGAAUAUUACAUUCCGUUUCCAAGAAAAUAGUCAAGCUAAGUUGUUAAUUUUUUUAUUUCAUAGCCCAAAAUUGUACACAUCUUUCUUUAAGGGAUUACCUUUAUAUUGACGUUUUUGUGUUGUCUUCUUCUGUAUUAUCGCAAUUCUCAUGAUACCCCCCUCUCAAGGCUCCAUAAUAAAACAUGUUUACCUACAAUGGCACUAAUACCCAAUAGGAUUGUGAGCUCUGGUUCUGAUGAAGUGUCAACAAAUGUUUAAGGUAACAGGAACUCACAUGCUGCUGUGAUGUGUCUUUUUCUAGUGUUGAUCAGCUGAGUAGUGAGUAAUUGUAUGUACAGUAUAUGGGGGUAAUAUAACGCCAAAUUACACUACGGAUGAAAUGUUUUUAAUUAAGCUGUCAUAUUUUCUUUCCAUAAUGUCUAUUUUAAUAACAGUAUAAUGUGGAUGCCAAAUGUGUUACUUACAUUUUAAAUUGUUUUUGCUCAGAAAGAAGAAGAAUUAACUUUUUCAAACUUAUAUUUUAAUCAAUUUCCCGACAGUGUGGCAUGAUGGGGGAAUAAUUACAUUUUUUUGUCCAAAGUUAUCUCAUGGGAAGGUGUUUAAUUAUCACGCUGCUUCAAAGGACAUUUUGGUGUCAUUUCACGUAUUUUAAGCUUUUAGCAUGUCAUGUAAAGCCCCAGUCCCAGCUCAUCUCAUAUCACCAGUUUGAAACACAUUAAUGCUGUUAAUUCAAAGAAAACUACAUGGUUAUGUUGAGGCAACCAAACUAAUUGUUCAGGUUUAGGAAAAAAAAUCAUGGUUUGUGUCAAAAUGUUUGUAUGUUACUUAAAUUAAGUUAUGCAUAAGUAAGUAGUCAACGGUAUUAACUCUGAUUGAUUUGGGGAUUUGCAUAAGAAAUGUCUCCUGAGAAAGUCCUGCAGUUUGACCCGUCCAUCCUCUCUAUGCAGACUUUCAUGCUCUUUGUGUCACUUUACUCGUAAAGAAGUUGCCUCUAAAAAGGCUUCUCCAACAAAUGGCACGCGAAAGUCAGAAAUGCACAGGAAUAACAGGCAAAAUCACUCAAGAAAUUGACAUGUGUUAGAGGACCAAUUAUCAUUACCCAACCACUACGUUUCAAAUUGGCUCAAAAGACGCACGUAGAGGUAUUUUUCUUUGGGCCCUCUAUAGUCCAUUGAGUAGUUAGAUUGAAAAGGAUAAACUGGGGUUUGUGAUAAAAGUAUCCCCAGAGGAUGUUUCCUGAUCCAGUUCCAAUUGUGUUAACGCUAACCUUUUAUUUCUGCUGCAGAGUUUUACAAAGAGCUUGCUUAAGCGGCACAGUUUCUGUUUAUUCCAGUUCUUAUUGAACUAAUGCCCAGAGGGAUUCUUUUGCCCUUUCAAUUGUCUAUCUGGUUCAAUCCUCUACAGUUCUCUAUCUACAGAGCAAACCUUUCACACAAAAUCACAGCUAUUUGUAAAGAGAACUUUCUAAAAACAUGAAGGUUCAAACACAUAGAGCAGUCCUCUCAGACAUAACUGGAGACAAUCAAGCUUUGGUGGCAGGAGAUUACACACUUUUUAACGGUGUUGUGUUUUAAGUAAGAAGUGGAGUUACUAUGAUGUUAGUGAAUUUUACCAAAAAGAACAUUUAAAAUGUCAGAAAUGAGCAGCAGUGGAUGUUGGUGACACGGUAAAAAGCAUCCGAAGAUAUUUAAUGACGUCUUCAUAGUGAUGUGGUACAUUAAGUGGUAAAAACAGAAUUACAAUGAAGUUC